CCAGCGGAGAAGGCGGAAGCAGAGGCGGCCGCGGCGUUCUGGCUCUCUGCGGCCGGCGGACACUGCGGCGCGGCUCCCGGGCCGGCGGAUUGGCGCCUGGAGCACGGAGUGCGUCCUCUCCCGGCGUCGUGGCUGAGCCGGGCCGCGGGGAGCUCCGCUGGCUUUGUUGCGCGGCCUAACACACUUGAGCGGUCAUUUGGCCUCGGUCGCCUGCUCCCAGCGGCGGAGGCCUCCCGCUUCUCGCCGGUGGAGACAUCGCCCCGGUGCCCUGGCUUUGCGCGGCUGGAGAACGCCGCCUCCUGUCCCUUCGCCUCCCGGGCGUCGCCCGCGCUCCCUCGCGUCCAGCAGAGCAGUUGGAUAAUCAAGUUACUAUGAGUCUGCUAAACUGUGAAAACAGCUGUGGAUCCGGCCAGUCCGACAGUGACUGCUGUGCUGCCAUGGCCAGCUCAUGUAGUGCGACAACGAAGGAGGACAGUAUGAGUGGCACUGCCAGCACAGGGAACCUCUCUGGCUCGUAUAUGAAAACUAUCCAGGGUUAUGAUGUGGAGUUUGACCCGCCCCUGGAAAGCAAGUACGAAUGCCCGAUCUGCUUAAUGGCAUUACGGGAAGCUGUGCAGACACCAUGCGGUCAUAGGUUCUGCAAGGCCUGCAUCAUCAAAUCAAUAAGGGAUGCAGGUCACAAAUGUCCAGUUGACAAUGAAAUAUUGUUGGAAAAUCAGCUGUUUCCUGACAAUUUUGCAAAGCGGGAGAUUCUUUCUCUGACGGUGAGGUGUCCAAAUGCAGGCUGCUUACACAAGAUGGAACUCAGGCAUCUUGAGGAUCAUGAGGCACAUUGUGGAUUUGCUCUUGUGAAUUGUCCCCAGUGCCAACAUCCCUUCCAGAAAUGCCAGCUUAGCACUCAUAUCCUCAAGGAUUGUCCCAGGAGACAAGUCUCUUGUAUAAACUGUGCUGUAUCCAUGGCAUUCGAAGAUAAAGAGAUCCAUGACCAGACCUGUCCUUUGGCAAAUGUCGUCUGUGAAUACUGCAACACGGUGCUUAUCAGAGAACAGAUGCCUAAUCAUUAUGAUCUAGACUGCCCUACAGCGCCAAUUCCAUGCACAUUCAGUACUUUUGGAUGCCAUGAAAAGAUGCAGAGGAAUCACCUGGCACGCCACCUACAAGAGAAAACCCAGUUGCACAUGAGGAUGUUGGCUCAGGCUGUGCACAGUUUAAACCUUGCUUUAACUCCCAUGCCACCAUGUGAUGUACCUCAGUAUGACAUUCCCUCCCAGGCCCGGGUUCCCUCUGGCUACCCAGAGGGCCACAAUUUCCAGGAAACCAUUCAGCAGUUAGAAGGGCGCCUCGUAAGACAAGACCAUCAAAUUAGGGAGCUGACUGCUAAGAUGGAAACUCAGAGCAUGUAUGUAAGUGAGCUCAAACGAACCAUUCGAACCCUGGAGGACAAAGUUGCUGAAAUUGAAGCCCAGCAGUGCAAUGGGAUUUACAUCUGGAAGAUUGGCAACUUUGGGAUGCACCUCAAAUCCCAAGAAGAGGAGAAACCUGUUGUUAUUCAUAGCCCUGGAUUCUACACAGGCAAACCUGGAUACAAACUCUGCAUGCGUCUGCACCUUCAGUUACCAACUGCUCAGCGCUGUGCCAACUACAUAUCCCUCUUUGUCCACACAAUGCAAGGAGAGUAUGACAGCCACCUUCCCUGGCCCUUCCAGGGCACAAUACGCCUUACAAUUCUUGAUCAGUCUGAAACACCAACAAGACAAAACCAUGAGGAGAUAAUGGAUGCCAAACCAGAGUUACUUGCCUUCCAGCGGCCCACAAUCCCACGGAACCCAAAAGGUUUUGGCUAUGUAACUUUCAUGCACCUUGAAGCCUUGAGACAAAGGACCUUUAUAAAGGAUGACACAUUAUUAGUGCGUUGUGAAGUCUCCACCCGCUUUGACAUGGGUAGCCUUCGGAGGGAGGGUUUUCAGCCACGAAGUACUGAUGCAGGGGUAUAGCAUCCUCUCAUUUGUUCAAAAUAACUGGCCACAACAGUGCCUUUCCUUGUCCUGGUCCUGAUAAAUGCAAAAAGGAAAAACAAAACAAAAAAAAGGUCAUGGGAAAGAUGUAAAGCCCACUAGUGAAUGUUCUUGGAAAGAUCACUUCCUACUUCAUACUCAGGUUUUCCCCAGGAAUCUAUUUUCAGACAUGUUCAUUUGAAGUGCCUGUGGUAUGUGGCAAUAGCUGUCUUGUCAGCAUACUUCCUUGUUGUACUUUAAUGGGCCUUUUCUGCAAUUUGUUUGACGUUGAUAAGCCCACAGUUAGAUUGCUAAAGUUCAAAAACUUAGUAAUAAUGGACUUGCCUUAAACCUCCAGCUUAUUUUUAUAGUAUUAUAUGUAAUAUAUUAAAUGUGAGAAUCACUACUGUCUUGCACUAAUGUCAGCAAGAAGAGUUACUGCUCUAAAAAGUUGAGUUCUCAUUUUAAUUGACCUCCUGUAGAUUUCAGGAUUUGAACCAAAAUCCUUGGAAAGCUCGAGUUCUCAUUUUCUGUAAAGAAAGUAACAAUAUCCAGGGACUAGUUUAAGCCCCCGGUAUCACCUCACGUAUUUAGUGUAACAUGUUGUCUGUGGAAUCAUACUUGUUUGAAUGUUCCAUCCUGCAUGGCUUAUGUUUUUGCUUGAAGCCAUAGCUUCUCCUCCAGGGUUUCUGAUGACAAGCAGUAUCUCCCGGCUGCUCAGGCUGUGUUCCGUGAACCCUUUAGUCUGGUCAGUGUAGAGUGACUUCCACAACCCAGCACACGUUUUCUGAUUUUGCACACACAGUUACCAACACAAAAAAUGAAGCGAUUUAACAUUGGUAGUGACAGAAGCUAAAUGAACACAGGUUUCUCAGCUGUGUUGAAUGUGCUCUGGUUUUGUUCAGUAGACUAGAACAAAUUGAUUUCCUGAAAAGAUAACUUCUUAAAACUUUAGCAGUCAUUGGAGGUGCCUGAGGGGUCACUAAGGUGGGAAGACAUGGUAGUUACAUCACAAUUUGGCCUGAGUGGCUUGCUUUAUCCUCAGUGGACUUGCAGAUCUGAGGAGAGUCCUGUGGAAUGUAUUGAAGCAGCCAGAUGUUCCUAAUACAGAGAAAUGAUUUUUCUGCCACUAUGUAUGUUUUCAAGGCCUGCAGAUAUAAAAUACGCUGAUAUCUAACUGUCAGGAGUCUCACAGCUA